AUGAAGAUUUUGCUUGGGCAAUCACAAGUUGCAUUGAGAAAAUGUCAACGAAAUAGUGACACAAUCACUGCCGAUCAACUAAAACAACCGGGUGCAUUAGAUAACAUGAUUCAUCAGGAUCAAGGAUUUAAAUUUCUUAGAGCUGUAAGGGGUUCACCUCCAUAUUUUGAAAAAGCUAAAAAGGAUAUAUUUGCAAUGAUCAGGCAGUUAGGAUCUGCUUCAUUAUUUUGUAGUUUUUCUUCAGCGGAAACCCAAUGGAUUCAUUUACUGAGAAUACUUGGUAAACUUGUUGAUAACAAAACAUACACUGACACUGAACUUGAGAACCUCAAUUG